AUGUCAGAUAUGGGUGCCGGUUUUGCUGUUGAACACAUAAAAGAAAUCAAAUUUAACGACAAAAUUGUUGGACGACAGCCGAUUGGUUUGCACGUUCAUGAAAAUGGACAUUACAACCAAGAAGAUCCAAUAGUACAUUUAAACAUGAAAAGUUUAUCAUCAAAAAAUGUGGGACGAACAGAUAUAGAAUAUUUAUUAGAUUAUUUGCAUCAUGCAAUUGAUCUCUAUAGUCGUCAACGGCCAAAGCGUGUAUUCGAUAUAAAUGGAACGGAACUUAAAAGAGUCGGACAACUAAGAAACGAUCAACAUCUAUUUAUUUCUUAUGGAGAAGACUAUAGACCAGCAUUUGGUAACAAACUUCAGCCUUGUUUGAGUAUAACACUGCACAGUGUAGAAGUAUUUGAAAAAGAUGGUCUGUUAGCGAUAGUGAAAUGUGCUCGAGCAGAAGACUUUCAAGUGGACCCAAAUGAUAAUAAUAAUAUUAGAAAAAUCAUAUUAUCAUGGAAACCCUUAGAACGAAUUCCAACUGACAUAAUACCAACAUCUUAUAAUAACCUUGACAAUGAAAAGAAACAAAAUUAUGAUCGAACACCACUGAAUGAACGUGUUAGUGAACAUGUCACGUUACUUGGUCAAACGCUUCCAAAUGUUAAUGCCAAUAAAUCAUCGACAAAACUUAUCUAUCCCGAUUUGAAAAUUGAUGAAAAGAAGAAAAAAAGAGAAAAAAAAAUGGAAAAAGGAAUAGAGAAUAAGCCUGCAAAACGGGAAAUAUUUUCACAAAUAGAAUUACAAUUAUGGCGUUAUAGUAAGGAUGGCUAUAUUUGCAAUAAAGUUUUAUCCCAAUUAGUUUUGACUGUCACCGAUCAACCAAUUUGUUUGCGUCAGAAGUCAUCUCGAUUAAACAAAGAGCAAAAAGACUUGAAUGGAUAUGGAGUUUGUUUAAGACCCAAAACAACUGAUAAACAAUUGAAACAAUUGUGGACAUUUACUGGUGAUGGCUACAUUGUAUCUCAAGCCGAUCCCAAUUAUGCUCUAACAAAUCUUUCAACAAUCGUACCCACAGACAAUCAAUCAGCGCAGGCAAAUGGUGUAAGAACGGAAGAUAAUGAACCACUAAUGUAUUAUAUUGGUAUAUGUUUAAAAUGUGACAAAACAUCCCCAUUUAUUCAUGCACAAAGAUGGGGUAUUCGUCAACAAUCUGGUUUUACAAUUGGUGAUUGGAAAUAUUCUAAAGUUGAAAAUCCUGCAUGGCAUAAAUUGGCUUUAACUUGGCCUGUCGAUGCAACCGGAACAUUAAUACCAGAACUUCAGUGGCCCAUUGAGGGUUAUUUCAUUCCAGGUGUACCACCAGUUAAAUCAAUCAAAUUAGCUCAUGGAACACCUGCAUUCGUGCCCAUUCGCCUUCAAGUAUUGAAAAAUGGGGAACGAAAUUUAGAUAAAGCAGUUCCAGUAGUUGGUCCAGACAUGUCAAAUAUGUUAACAGAGUAUAAAUCAUCACCAAGUAUGUAUCGUCGAUUACGAAUACCACAACCAGAAAAAGAACAACAAGCAAAUAGACAACUUAAACGAAUGGCUGAUGCAAGACAAAGAGAAAUUAAAUUGUUUUUAGAAAAUUGUACAGAUUUACUGAAUUUACCAUUUGCUGGUCGACGUCUCUUCGAUAAGAACGGCUAUGAAUUCUUUGAUUUGACAUCAGUUGAAAGAGAUUCUUAUGUAUACGUAACAUGUGGAGAAGCUUGGAUUGAUCCAGAGUUGACAAAAGCUGAACAACAGCGACGUCUUCUAUUGGCUUAUUUGAAAAAUGAUGUAAAUAUGAUCGAUUUUUAUUGUUCAUUAAGAAAUCCUGUUGAAUACUGUAUUGAAACAAAAAGUGGUUUAUGUGAAAAUUCUCUAUUAAUUUGUAACAUAUGCAUAUUAAAUCAAAGACAAAGAGACAGAGUUAAAAAAGGCGAGACAAUUGAACAAGUUAUUGAAUACGAAGAACCGGUUGAAGAAGCACCUCCUGAGCCGCUAGGAAGGUAUUGAUUUGUUUUUUUUCAUAAACUAAUAUGCAUGUCACUGAUUAAUUUUGAUAAAUCUUUGUAUGUAACAGAAUGUAAUUCAAACAUAUUUGAACUUCUUCUUUUAGUCCGUUGUACGUUUUUAUGGUUGAGUAUUAGUCCAAAAACUGCUAUUGCUGUUAAAAAUACACUUUGAAUUUUGCACAACGUUGAUAAAUUGCUUUACUAGGGGCACUCUAAUGUAAAUAUUAUUUCGAUCCAAUGAAGUUCAGCUUAUAUCACCUUGAUAGUGUAUGUAAAUGGGAACUUCUUGCCUUGUGUGAGAGAUAAAGGAAGAGGUAUAUUUAUCAUCGUAGUUUUUGACAAUCUCAAUUUAAUUUAUAAUAUUAUGUGUUAAUUGUAUCACAUUUUUUAAAUCGUUUUAAUGGAAGUCUGAAAAUGAUAGAGCACAUCCUUCUAAAAUCUGUUAUAUUGGAUAGUUUUUGCCUCUUCAAGAAUAGAACGAAUAUUGUUCUUUACUGCAUUCGCGCUGGAAACUAACAUUACUUUUUACUGUGCUUCGUAUUAAUUAGUUAGCUGUGUGGCAAACAGCGACUAUUUUUCAAUAAACAGGCGGACAUUAAGUUUUUCUAAUCGGAAAGAGUUUGUUUUGGGCUUAGAAUGACUCUUUAUAUCUUAAAAGAGUAUUCUCGCAAGAAACAGUCUUAGUCUAAAAACUUUUAGUUUUUAAUCAAAAAUGUAUGAGGUCCCUCUUAUGUGAAAUUUUUUAAUAAGGAAAAGUAUUUCAAAAAUGGUCGAAAAUUAGAUCAUUUGAUGCAGUUUUCCGUACUGAUUCCGAAUAUGGCCUUAUUUUGUUUUUAAAAAAAUGCUCCUAAACUGAGAGAAAAAUAGAUUUUACUUGAAAAACUAGGGAAUUUUGGAAAAUCCAGAGCAUUGACUUGAAACGAUGGCGCUAUUUGAUGCUGAAAUCAUAGAUGCAGUAUAGAUAGAAGAUUAUUUGUGUAAAGUAAAGUUUGGAAACUUACUUCACUGAAGCUAUAUUUUGAAGAACAUGUGUUUUGAGACUGGUUUUUCACUAUGAGUUUUCCCAAGGUUUCUUAGCACAUGAAAUAAAAAUUUUUGAUGCGAUCAAAUAAUCCAUAUACGGAUGUGUAUUUCCUGCUAUUUGAAUCUGGGAAAAGUGCAAUGUUUUCGCUUUUUUGCCUUAUGUUCGCCUGAAUGCACACUGCACCCCCUUGUUCAUUGUUCAAAACUAUAUCCAGUCCUUUUGAAUCAAAUACAGUCGAUCAAGUUCUCUUUUACAAAUUUUUUCAUCAUUGAAUAGGGUCAUAUUUAACUGUUGCAAUUUGUAUCGAAAGGAAUGUACGAUGACACGUUAAGUAGUUGCACAUUAACCUUUUUGUCAUAUUUUCGGCUGUGACUUCUAUAUGUAACUGUUUAUCUAUUACAUAUGUUACACAGAAAUAGGCAAUGGUUUAACGUUCAUCAAAUCUACCCUACGGUUUGUCCACGUAACUCCUAUGACAGAGAUGUCACAGUGUUACUUUUUUCGCUAACAGUCGUAGAGAGUUCGAAGACGUUUUAAAUUAAAGAAAAAACUGUUUUCUACAUUUUGAGCUCUGUUCAGACUCUAGGUAACCUAUCCUCAUGAAACUGUAGUCAAAAUGCUGAGAUCUGCUUUUUAAGAAUUGAAACCAAUGGUGUAGAUCUCAGCAUUUUGAUCAUAAAUUUUUUAAGAUAGGUUUCCUAGAGUCUGAUCAGAUCUCAAAAUGUAGAAAACAGUAUUUUCUAUGAUUUAAAACGUCUCUGAACUCUCUACGACUUUUAGUUUCGGAGGUAUAGUCAAAAUAAAAUGAAGCUCUCUGCCAUAGGAGUUAUGUGGACAAGUCGUCUAUUAAAAAAAAACUUUAUUCAAAAAAAAGUAGUUUGACUAAAAAUCAUUUGAAACCAGUUUAAUACGAAGUUUUCUCAAAAACUGAAAAGAACUCUUAUUUUGAAUUUGACCAUUUAUUUUCUCUAUCAAAUAAUUAAUUUGAAAUUCACUUUUAUGUAUCUAGAAGUUUAGAAAUUCAAAUUUUUUUUAAAAGUUCACACUGGAAUUCAACAUCUGAAAGCGUACUAUUUCGAAUAUAUAGGGUAAGACUUACAUUUUAUGUUAAAUUUAUAACGUAUAACUUUAAAACAUAAUUUAUAAUUGAUCGAAAUGCUUAAACAUGAACCUAUUCAAUGGAGGAAACAAGAAGUCUCCAUAUCAUCGAUAGAAAAGUUUUUUUCUUAUCAUACAGACACUUUUUUGAUAGACUGUAUGUUUUCGAUGCAUUAAUAGCGUCUCGAGUGCACGAUUUACUGUCCGCGGAUUUACUGUCCGUUGAUUAAUUUCUAUUUUAAUUAGCUUUUUUUCAUAGAAAAGUAUAAUUUUCUUAUAUACGGAUUUACUUUCCGUUGAUUAGAUAUAAAUAUAUCUCAAUUAGCCACUUUUUUAUAUAAGGAUUUAAUUCCCACUAAUUAUCCACUAAUAUUCAUUGCGACAACGAAUAAAUUUCCAAGCACAGCAAACAUUCAUCAAUAAGGGAAUGAUGAAAUUGAUUAAUUUUUAAUACUUAUUUGGGAAGUAGAGUAGUCGUGAUAACAUGAUAACCUUCAUAAAAAUAUGUAUAAAAGGUACAGAUACACCACUCUCUUUUCACACUGUUUUAAUAAUGUCUG